CACCAUUUCUCCCCCUCUCUUUCUCUUUGAUUCCUGUGUGCUUGUGUGUAUUGCGUGAGCGAGCGAGCGAGAGAGACAGAGACAGCAAUGGAGAGAAACAGGGUGUGCAGGAUCUGCAACAGGCGUUUCUCUAAUGGCAAAGCCAUGGGUGGUCACAUGAGAUCUCACUUCGCCAAGCUCCCCCCGCGCCUCCCUCCAGCCACCCUCACCCCGUCUUCUUCGCUCUCUCUAUCCACCCAGCAGCAGCAGCAGCAGCAGCAGCAUCGAGAGAAGCCUCGGGCUUCGGUCCCGCCGGCCGCCCAGGAUCGUGUCGCGACCGUCCACGACAGAGGGAGCGACACCGAGUCGUCGCGGCGACGCGGGAAGCGGAACCGGUCCAGGCGGCGGCGGCGGCGUCGUGACGGCUCGGCGGCACGGGCCGAUGCUUUCUCGAAUGCCGACGUCGAGCAGACGAUAAGCUCGGUCUCGGAGACCGAGACCCUGUCCGAGGCAGACGUUGCUGUGUGCCUGAUAAUGCUCUCCAGGGACAAAUGGCCGAAACGAGCGAGAACAGAAGCGGACGAGCACGAGGACGACGGGGACGACUCGGUCUCCGUGACACAGACGGACAGCCGGGCCGGGUCGAGUCGGCCCAAGUACCAGUGCGAGACAUGCAACAGAGGUUUCGGAUCGUAUCAAGCUCUCGGCGGGCACAGGGCGAGUCACAAGAAGAUGAGUGACGAAAGCCAUAAUCACAAAAGACUUGCUUUCGAGUGUCCUUAUUGUCACAAGGUGUUUGAUUCCGGCCAAGCUUUGGGUGGGCACAAAAAGGUUCACAAUGAAGCCAUCACUGUCACUGCUAAGAAGAGCAAGAACUGUGGCGAGAGUUCAAUAGAUCUUAACCUACCAGCACCAGAAGAGAACGGUGAAGAAGAAACGACAGCGAGUUUGGUGGAGAUUUCUUCAGUCUCCAAUGAAGAAACGCUUUAUCCAAUCAAGAAGGGCUUCCUCCGGGUCUAGACUAGGGACAGUACAGUGUGAAUCAACUAUAAUUUCAAGAAUUGGGAUUCAACAGUUCUGUAGAGGUAAAUAAUACAGUUUGCUUUUGCGUUUGUAUAUGAUUUUCCGAAUGCCGGAGCUUGUUCGAGCAUCGAGAUAAA